AUGUUUUUUCUCAUAAGUCACCCAACUCCGAGCCUCUCUCUCGGCUCUUUCACAGCCGCUCACUUCCUUUGUACAGCUGCCCUAGGCUUCACAACCAAGGAUCAAGCUUGGAUUCGUCGAGUUGCUUGUAUUUCGAUAUUUCUAUUGACGUUCAUUGGUGAUCGCACCGCUUAUGCCGUAUCGGACAACGCUAGUAUCCGAUGCCUUCUUGUAACGUUUUCCUGGGUUCAAGCAUUUAAUGGCAACUCGCUGCUCUGUCUGUCAAAGACUGAGUAUAGGACCUUGAAACAAGACAUAAAGCAAAAUACCGCGCCCAAGUCUGUUUUCGUGGGCGAUGAUGCUUAUGGCGAUGGAUCAUUCUUAAGCCGCCUCAUAUGGGCUCUCGCCAUGCAGUGGAAUCUGCGCCGCAUCAAAACACCCAGACCAGCCCGAAACACACCUACGUUCUCCUCCAAAGACCCAAGUUAUAUUCCAUCACGAGGUCGAUUUUUAUUGACCCGCAUUGGUGUCAUCUGCGCUUCCAUCGCUUACAUGGCCAUCAUUGGUCUCCAGCCUGAACCAACUCGCGAGGAUCUUUCUGGUGACAGAGUUAGAUUCUUCUCGCGAUUAAACGAAGUAACACCGUACGAGCUUCUUCAGAGAGCUAUUUCAACCGUUACUUGGCUUUCUGGAAUUGGCACUACCAGCGAGAUUUGCUACAACGUGAUCGCUGUCGUGUUAGUGGGCUUGGGUCUGAGUGAGCCUGUCAUGUGGCCUUCUUGGUUUGGCUCUUUUACAGAGGCUUAUAGUAUUCGCAGAUGGUGGGGCAUUUCAUGGCAUCAAACCUGGAGAUGCUUCCUGACAGAUCAUGCCGAUUGGGUUGUAUACGACAUAUUGAAUCUCCCCAAGGCUUCGCCAAUUACUCGCCACACCAAGAACUUGGUUGUAUUCUACAUAUCUGGGUUAAUCCACCUGGCGCCCGAUCUUACCAUUGGCAUGCCUGUAAGCGAAUCAUCUGCUAUAGUGUUCUUCACUUUUCAGGCAGUUGGUAUUAUGAUUGAGGACCUUGUGCAAACCUUGAAUGAUAGGAUUGGACUGGUCAAGAGUCCAAUUAUGGCGAGAUGUAUUGGAUAUGUUUGGCUUAUGGCUUGGCUUGUUUGGACAAUCCCGUGGUGGUCGUUCGUUUGCACAAUGUAUAUGAAGGCUGGACAGGAUGACUUGAUUUCUCUGAUAUAA